UCUUUUCAAGACACGGUACUUUCCCUUUCCGUGCUCGCUGAAAGAAUCAGCAAAAUAUCCGAGGGAAGAUAAGAAUCAACAAAAUACCCGAGGGAAGACAGAAUAAUCCAAAACCUGCUCCCUGACUCCUUACCCUCAUGGAAUUUGAAAAUCCAAACUUCGGAUUUGGAUGUGCGAUCAAGAUGGCUACAGUUCCUUACCUUUCUCCUUCCGUCGAAGAACUAAUCGCGCGGAUUUGCAACGCUCAAUCCCUUUCGCCCCCGGACUACAAGGCUCGCCUUCGACUAGUGGAGGUUGGCGAAGCGGCUGCUCUCCGGAUUAUGACGGAAUUAGCUUCUCAAAAGAUUAGGAACUUGUCGGGUUAUAUCAUUUUCAAGUGUAACAACUCGGAGUUUGCACUGGCUCGGAACGCUGAGUCUAUCGCCACUCAAGAGAGCGCUUGCUGCUCGGGUCCGCCGACUCCUCGUUCAGCGGUUAGCAGAGAUGCUGCUGCCGGUGAGGCUACAUCGCCAGUAUGUGCGAUGCCGCAGGUGCUAUAUAGGAUUCCCCCUAGUGUGCCGAAAUCAGGCAAUGUGGUGAAAGCUUUAGGUCAUAUGGAGUUUCGUAAAGCUUUUUUGAUCUUGAGUUAUUGUGGCGGGAAAAAAUUGGAAAAUUUUAUUUCAGAAGCUCUACUAGAUAGAAUAAAAAAUUUUCCAAUGGUUUUGUUUGAAUGUGAAGCCUGGAAAGCCAUUGGACGUGAAUGUAUCCCUGAGCAUGAAAGGAGAAAGAAUGUGGACUGGGAUUCCGGAAAACCAUAUGUAUAUCACUGUCAUGUCUAUUCUAAUGGAGAAUUCACAUUUAAGGGACCAUAUAUUCAAAACACAGGGACUCAUCUUCAAAGGGUGUUGGGUGAUGAUAAUAUACUUUUAGUGAAGUUUGCGGAAGAAAAGGAUAACAAUUCUACAAGAAGCUAUGAAAGAUUAAAUCCUUUCUUCCAGAAGCUUGCAGAAGACGGUAUUGCUGUGGGUUUGCGCCAUUAUAAAUUCUUUGUUUUUAAAGAUGGUGGCAAAGAGGAGAAGAAGAAAUCCCCAACUUCAUCACCUGUCAAGUGUUAUUUUGUCCGAACAGCAUCAUGUUGGGCGAUGGAUGAGGAUAAACCUUAUAUACUGUUCAAUAAGUCGAUCAGUGAAGCGCGGACCAUUUUUAUGCAUGUACAUACAGUUUCAUCGUUAAAUAAAUAUAUGCUCAGGUUUUCUUUGAUAUUGUCUAAAACAAUAAAGUUUGAUGUUGACCUUGCAUCUGUUAAUGUCCAAGUGAUAGAUGACAUCCCAUGCCGUGAUGAAUAUGGACAUGUUGUAUAUAAUGAAGAUGGUGAAUGCAUGAUUCAUACUGAUGGAACAGGGUUUAUCUCCGAAGAUCUGGCCAUGAAGUGCCCUAAGAAUAUAUUUAAGGGCCAGUGUUUAAAUACGAAUAAUAUGAAGGAAUUCCUGGAUGAAUUUAAGAGAUUGGAUAGAGCUUUAAACACUAGAGAGUACAAUUCUAGCAUUGUUGAGCCACCACUUCUUAUUCAAUUUCGACUGUUCAACAAUGGCUAUGCUGUGAAAGGAACACUUCUUAUUAAUAAGCAGCUACCCUUCAGAACCAUUCUUUUUAGGCCUUCAAUGAGAAAAGUUCAAACAGAUCCAGAUGCUCUAGGUAUUCAGUCCAACUCUCUGGAGAUUGUUGGGACAAGUAAUCGACCAAAGAAGACAUGUUUAUCACGUACUUUAAUUGCUUUGCUUCACUAUGGAGGUGUACCAAAGGAAUACUUCUUGGAACUUGUGAGGAGUGCAAUUGAUGAUCUUCGAAAUGCUAGAUUUAAUAAACGAUCAGCAUUGAGAGUUUCACUGAGAUAUGGCGAGAUGGAUGAAUUUCUUGUUUCAAGAAUGAUUCUUUGUGGAGUACCACUUGAUGAGCCGUACUUACUAUCCCGAUUGUUUGUGUUAAUGAAAGAAGAGAGGAAGGGCCUCAUUCAAGGAAAACUUCCUGUGGAUGAUUGCUACUAUUUGAUGGGGACGGCCGAUCCAACUGGAACACUCAAGCAUAAUGAAGUCUGCAUCAUACUUGACAAUGGUCAAGUUUCUGGUGAUGUUCUUGUAUACAAGCAUCCUGGUCUACAUUUUGGCGAUAUUCAUAGGUUGACUGCAACAUAUAUUAAGGACUUGGAGGACGUUAUUGGGAAUGCUAAGCAUGCCAUUUUCUUUUCAGUUAAAGGCACUCGAUCUUUGACUGAUGAAAUUGCUAAUAGUGAUCUUGAUGGUGACAUGUAUUGGGUUUCUAGGAAUCCACAGUUGUUGGCAUGCUUUACACCCGGGAAACCUUGGGUUAGACCAGCCCCGGCUCCAAUGAUAUCAAAAACCAAGCCCACGGAAUUUUCGGAAACAGAGUUGGAAAGAGAGCUCUUCCAGCAAUUUUUAAUAAAUAGAUUCAUGCCUAGCUACGCAAUCAGUGAGGCCUCAAAUCAUUGGAUGGUGUACAUGGAUCGGCUAUUAACAUUAGUGGAUGAUUGUUUUGAGGAAAAGAAACAAUUAGAAGAAAAAAUGAUUCACUUAGUUAACCUCUACUACAAUGCUUUGGAUGCUCCGAAGAGUGGUCUGAAGGUUGAAGUUCCCAGGGAUCUCAAAGCUGACCUUUUUCCACAUUUCAUGGGAAGAACAAAUUCUUAUAUUUCAAAGUCCAUACUCGGUUUGAUCCACGAUCAGGUUGAUACUGUUCAGACAGAAGAUGUUCCCCCAAAUGCCGUGUGGCUUAUUCCUUGCCUUAGUGAAGAGGCUCGUGAACCUUACUCAAGUAUAUGGAAGAAACAUUAUGAUGACUACAGAUGUGAUAUGGCGACUGCGUUGCAGGGGCCACAAGAAUACAAAGACAAACGGGCUAAUGACGUCAUUCAGAAGUAUAAGAAGUUGUUGUAUGGAGCAGCUGAAUUUGAAGAGAGCACAAAAAAAGAAGAAGAUAUAUUCAAUGAAGCUCUUGCAAUAUAUCAGAUAGCUUAUAAAAUGGCUAAGUCUACUAGUAAAGUUAGUUAUUGCAGCUUUGCAUGGAAGGUUGCAGGCCGGGCACUAUGUAAGCUGCAUGCCCAAAAACAAGAAAAAGAUGCUUCAUUUUUAUGCCUACGAUCAGUUCUAAGGGAAGUCUUAGGUUAAGAUUUCAUAUAGAUUAUCUUAUAUGUAUAAUGUUGUAACGUUAUUUAUUGUAGUUUAAGAAAUACAUUUUGAACUCUAGAUUGGAUUUUCCAAAAGCAAUUUGAUGUAAUUUCAUU